AUGAGUGCUUGUCGCCUGCGGGUCUUUGGCACGUGUGACAUGCGAGUGCAGCAGGGACAGCUCACCCAGACUGUAAACUCUCAGAACAUAGACACAAGGCCUGUGAACAUGCAUACAACGAUGGUCCAAGUCCUCUGGGGCUGUUUCCUCCUGUGGAAUCUCAACAUUGCAUCUUCUCAGACUGUUUAUCCUGGAAUCAAGGCAAGGAUUACUCAACGGGCACUGGACUAUGGCAUUCAAGCUGGGAUGGAGACAAUCGAGCAAAUGAUAAUGGAAAAGAGCAUCCCAGAUUUAAAAGGCUCUGAAUCUCUUGACUUUCUAAAGAUUGAUUAUGUGAGCUACAAUUUUUCAAACAUAAAAAUCAAGUCCCUUUCAUUUCUAAAUACUUCAUUAGCCUUUGUGCCUGGAGUGGGAAUCAAAGUGCUCACCAAUCACGGAACUGCCAACAUCAGCACAGACUGGGAAGUCAAGUCUCCGCUUUUCCAAGAUGCAGGAAGAGCUAAUCUGUUCCUCUCUGGGACCUUCUUCACUGGUAUACUUAACCUGUCCCGAAAUGACUUUGGUCACCCAACUGUGAAGCUCCAAGACUGCCACGCUCAAGUGAGCCAUGCCCACGUCUCGUUCUCUGGAGAACUCAGUGUCGUGUAUAACUCCUUUGCUGAGCCCCUGGAGAACCCCAUUUUAAAGACCUUAAAUGAAAUGCUCUGUCCUAUGAUCACCAGUGAGGCUGGAGCACUAAAUGCUAAUCUUAGCAUGCUGGAGGUUCUAACCAAGAUCGACAACCAUACUCUGCUGGAUUAUUCCCUAAUCGAUUCUCCAGAAGUUACUGAGAAUUACAUGGACCUGAAUUUGAAGGGCACAUUCUACCCACUGGAAAACCUUGCUGACCCUCCCUUCUCACCAGUUCCAUUUACACUCCCUGAACGCAGUGACUCUAUGCUCUAUGUUGGAAUCUCUGACUAUUUCUUUAAAUCUGCAUCCUUUGCUCACUUCACAGCUGGGGCUUUCAAUGUCACUUUCUCCACAAAAGAGAUUUCCAAUCAUUUUGUUCAAAACUUCCAAGGCUUUGGCAAUGUGCUCUCCCGGAUUGCAGAGAUCUACACCUUGUUCCAGCCCUUUAUGGUCCGGUUCAUGGCAACAAAGCCUCCUGUGAUCAAUUUACAACCGGGUAACUUCACCCUGGACAUCCCUGCCUCUGUCAUGAUGCUCACCCAAUCUGAGAACGCAACUGCUAAAACUAUCGUUUCCAUGGACUUUGUUGCUAGUACCAAUGUCGGCCUGAUUAUUUUGGGACAAAGACUGAUCUGCUCCUUAUCUCUAAACCGAUUCCGCCUCUCUUUGCCAGAGUCCAAUCGCAGCAAUAUUGAGGUCUUGAGGUUUGAGAAUAUUCUGUCUUCCAUUCUUCACUUUGGAGUACUCCCACUGGCCAACGCAAAAUUGCAGCAAGGAUUUCCCCUGCCCAACCCGCACAAAAUCUCAUUCGUCAAUUCAGAUAUCGAGGUUCUUAAGGGUUUCCUUUUGAUUUCCACCGACCUGAAGUAUGAAACAAACUCAAAGCAGCAGCCAGGAGUCCAUGGCUGGGAAGCUCUGAACCUGAUAAAAGGAUACUGGAGGGGGAAGCUAGCCCCUUGA